GCCUCGCGGCUAUGAACGGCGCCGGAGACCCCUGCCUCUUCAUUAAAGACAUUAAGCCCGGCCUCAAAAACCUCAACGUCGUGUUUAUCGUGCUGGAGAUCGGGCGAGUCACCAAGACGAAAGACGGGCACGAGGUGCGGUCGUGCAAGGUGGCGGACCGGACGGGCAGCAUCACCAUCUCCGUGUGGGACGAGGUCGGGGGCCUCAUUCAGACCGGGGACAUCAUCCGACUGACCCGGGGGUACGCGUCCAUGUGGAAAGGCUGCCUGACGCUGUACACCGGCCGCGCGGGCCUGCUCCACCGCAUCGGCGAGUUCUGUAUGGUGUACUCAGAAGUGCCAAACUUCAGCGAGCCCCAGACGGACCCCCGCGGCCCCCCCCAGCAGAGCGGUGCCAUCUCCGACCAAGCCCUCGUGUGCGGCCAUGUCCGGGGGAAACGGGGGUCCCAACCCAGGCGAGCCGGCGGCCUUCCCGGUGUCCUACAGUCACUCCCACGGCUGGGCCGGGCCCGGGCGGGGCGGGGAUCGGGGGCCUCCCGCGGGCCCCGUCCACCCGGCCCCGCCCCUGCCGACCAACGGGAGGGACCCCCGUCGGGCCCGGAAGAGGUGACCCUCUCCCCCUCGCCCCCGCCUCCGUCCGGGGGCCGCCGGCCCGCCGGCCCGGGCCCGCCGUGUGCACUUUGAAGGAUGGAGAGCUGUGAAACCCGACUUGUCUGUGGGCCGGCCCGUCAGUCGAUCCGUCUCCGUCCGUCCGUCCAGCCCGGGCCGGGGCAACCGGCGACCGGUCCCGGGGGCCGACGUCCACCCUCUGGCCUUUCCGACUGCCCCGGGGCGCCGGGGCGGGGAGCUUGGUCGUCUUUAUCGUCGUCGCUGUUGUUCUUGCUUUGUUUCAAUCCUUUUUUUAUAUUCCGUCAAGAAGUAGGCCCUGGAGCAGGCUCUCUGGAAGAUCGACCCGUGCCUUCUCCCGAGCACCAGCCCCGCCCUGAGGCAUCUCCUGCUCCAGCCGGGCCGGCAGUCUUAGUUUUACUCCGUCUCCUUAUCCUCUGCCGCCUUGGAGUCCCCGGGGUAGGCCGGGCUCGGUCCCUCCCAGCGUCCCGUGACGAGCGAGCGGCCGUGACGCGUGGGAGGACUCUAGCCCGAGGCCAGUCAGACCUGGCCGGGCCCCUUCCGAAGACUUGCGGGGACCCCCUUGGAGAAACUUCCCUGUAGCCGGCGGCGACGGGAUGGCCGAGUUAAAACCUCCACGAGCGGCCGUGACCCCGCGGUGGGGCGAGGCUGAGGUGGGGUGGGGGGAGAGGAGGAGAGAUGGGGCCGGGCGGGCUCCGGCCCCCCCGUCCGUGACCUUCGGUUGUUUCCCUGCCCGGCCCCCGAGCGGCCGGGGGCUACUUCUCGCUCCCCGGGAGCGCGCUGGGCGAUGUGGGGCCGGGGGUGCCAUCUUAGGGGCCUCGACCUCGGUCCGGUGGGACUUUUGGCCGGCAUCUGGGCUCCAGCUCUUCUCAGGAAUGCCCACCGGGCCUCUGGCCAGCCUCGGGGGGAGGAGGAGCUGUUUCGGGGAGGGGGCCGCGGCCUCAACCUCCCCCCUUGGACUGCCCCCACCCACGGGGGAGCCGGCCGCAGGUGGGCCUGUCGCCUGGCUGGAGGUGACCUCCAAUAAACUCGCGCUAGUAUUUGCACGUGGGCUGCGCCCCGGUCCCGCCUCAAGUAUCCCCCGACGCCCCGGCCGCCCCCUCCGUCCCCGAAGGAGGGGAGCUACGCUCGGUCGGUGACUAAAACGCAAGCCACGGGUUAUUUAGAAAGGAGAAGCGGACUUCCGACAGAGGUCCCAGGAGACGAUGGCCGGUGGCCGCCUGCCGGGGACCUUGCACUGUACUAAGCACUGGGGGAAGUACAACUGAAACACAAAGACACAUUCCGAUGGAGGGGAUUUGUGUAACGCGCACACUGUGUGCGGAGCACUGCAGUAAGCAAGGGGGAGGGAAUAAUGGUAGAUUCACCCAGGCCCAGAGGGCGUUUAGAACCGCAUUGAGGUCACCCAUGACCAGGCUAAAUCUGAACAGGCUCUACCUACUCCAUCCUCGGUCUCCUUGACCUCUGGCCCGUCUUUCACACAAACUCUCACCCCCUUCUAGAAAUACCAUCUAAGCUUAGUUUCACUUUCACUUUUUUUUUUUAAAAAUAACAUUUGUUAAACACGUGCCAGGCACUGUACUAAGCACUGGGGGAGAUCCAGGUUGGACACGGGCCCUGUGUCACGUGGGGUCACAGUCCGCAGCCCCGUUUUAAAGAUGCAAGCGAGGCGCAAAAAAGUGACUUAAGGUGGCACAGCAGACAAGUGGCAGGGCUGGGAUUAGAACCCAGGUCCUUAGGACUCCCGGGCCUGUGCUUUACCCACUAAGCCACACUGCUUUUCAUCCUCUCUGUAGCCGCUCUGCAGCUUCCCACCCCCUAACUGGGGGAGUCUCUCAUGGCUCAGCUGUGGGUCCCCUUCUCCUCCUACACCCACUCCUUUGGGAAAGCUCAU